ACCACAUUUGCUUUUUCCUCUACCAACAUUUUUUUAAGCAGGGCGGUGUAUGCGACAGACAAGCAUCAUGAUAUCUGUCACGAUAAUCUUGGUAUGCCUGGUGUAUAUUGCAUCUGGUUCCACUCCUCCUCCAGCACGGUUGGCGACAAGCUGCACUGUUGUAGGAACUAACAUAUAUUGUUAUGGAGGUGACAAUAGAGUGAACGGUGUUGACGCAAUACUAUCUGAUACCUGGGCACUAAGCAUCGCGAACGACUUCGAUUUGUCUAAUCCGACGUGGACUAAUAAGCCUUGGAAUAACUUCCCAUCGACUCCAAGAGCUUUUGGGACCAUACAUUCUCUCCUAGAUGGCAGUUCGUUUUUAUUGAAUGGAGGUUUGACCUCCCCUGUUGGUUCAGCCGAGACUAAUCAAACAAUUGUUCAUAACACGAUUACAAAUGAAUGGAAAGCCAUCAAUAGCUCCUUGAUAGCGCAAACGCUCAACCAUCAAGGUGUCAUUGAUGCAAACGGCAAAAUAUGGUAUUUUGGUGGGGUUAGUGACUCUGACACUGGCCGCAGCAACGUUUCAUACUGGGAAGGAUUGGCCGCUUUAGAUACAAAUACUUGGUUGUGGACUACCAGUAGGGGUACUACUGGAGGCUAUCUUAACCCGCGGAUUGGACACACCAUGACAAUUUUAUCAAAUGGCAUCAUUCAAAUCAUUGGGGGCAAUGUAGCCACUUUGCUUUCGGGAUUAGAUUCACGUGGCUAUCUUCAAUGGAGACUUGAUCUGGCACCUAUGGGAUCUGUUGCCGUAUACGACACAGUCAAGGGAACCUGGACAACCAAAAGUGCCACUGGCACUAUUCCUCCCCAUCGAAAUUUUCAUAGUGCCACCCUAGCCCAAGACAGCAACACUAUCAUAGUUUUUGGUGGUUCAGGAUCUGGCAACGGCUCCAGCCUGUUCAACGACCUUUAUGCCUUGGAUUCGAACAAGAUGACUUGGACACAUAUAGAUAUCGGAAACGGCCCCAGCGCUCGAUACGGACAUAGCGUAAACGAAACCAUGUUUAUAUUGUUCGGCAUCAAUGCAUCCAAUAGCAGUCUCAGUGAUAUAUAUGCCUUGGAUACCGUAAAUUGGAUAUGGGUCCAGCAUUUCAGUGCGUCAGGCUAUUCGCAGCAGGCUAACAUGAGCUAUCCCGCCGCCAUAAAUGGGACUUCUAGUACUUCUGAAAGCACUGACAGCAGUGGCGGUAACAGUCUUGGGGCUGGUCCAAUUGCAGGUAUAGCAGUUGGAGCCGUCUUGGUAGUUGCUGUCAUUGGUGCGGUUUAUUUUAUGCGACGCAGAAAGAGAAGUCGGCAAGAUGAUUUGGACGGUCUGCAAACAGAACUCGUGGAAAGCAAUUUAGGAGAUAAAAGUGCAGAGGGAAAAGCUCCCACACAAAAGGAUUGGUAUACUGCAACAUUCAGAGGAACAGAUACAACAGGAUCUAUACCGCCUGAAUAUCAUUCACAUAUUGUCUCGUAUAACGCAAAACCUAAUGCUGUUGAUGACCUCGCCAUCAGUUCUCAAAGCAAACCUAAUGAAUACGACUAGUAUUUUACCUGAUCUUGCAUAUGCCAUGUUCCAUUGUUUCUCUGUAUUACAUUUCAUCUAUCUAUCAUUAAGUUUCACCAUUCUAAUUCUUAAAAAAGCGUAAAGUGUAACAGUAGCGUAACGUAUCAUUUACCUUCGUAAUUUUAUGCGUAAAAUUUCCUUAUUUUUGGAGUCACAUAUACCUGAGAGUAAAGUGAGCUUGAGUUGCUUCAUGUAUAUAUAAACGUAUGUUCCUUCACUGCUAAAUAAUAGAUACAACAUCACC